CAUAACCUCAAACUUCAAUUCAAAAUCGCGGAUAUUUUAGAAGAAACGUAGUUGAAGACCGUUCGUGAGACCACCGGGUUUUAGAUAGAUGUUGACAACAUAACCUCAAAAACUGCGUGCAACAUAGGCAACACACAAUUCAUAUAAACACAUCAAAAAUAUUUCCUCCAUUUUAUUAGCUAAGAAAACGAAACUGGAUAAUUUCAGAGUGAUUUUGUCCCUUUUCUAUUACAGCAACUAUAAUUAAACACCGUAAGUUAAGAAGUGAGCGAAACCCACCUGUGGCACAAUUAUUCAUCAAAACAAUAAGCAAAGAAACACUUCAAGUUACCUAAAAACCACUGAGAUGUCCAUACUAGAAUAUUCUCAUAAACUAGUUGCUAACCUCUCUCGUACAAAAAACAUCCACGUCAGACGCCACUCAUCUUUACAAAAAUUCAACUGUGAAACCAGCAACAUUGAAAUUUAUUCUUGUACGGACUGUUCCUUCCAAACCAAACUAACACUUGUGUUUAAACAACACCUCCAAGACCACAGCAAGCAAGGAAAUAAAAACAACUACACCAUAAAAAACUAUAUUUGUGAACAGUGUUCCUUUGAAACGAAUUUUUCAAUAAGGUGGCUUCGACAUGCCACAACAUGUUUGACAAAUCAACAAGACAAUAAUAUUUGGCAUGAGUGUCAACAAUGCCCAUACAAAGCUAAAAAGAAGUCAACGUUGAAACGACACACAAUAGCGCGGCAUUUAGACGAGAAUGACAUUAAAUGGUACCAAUGCAACCAGUGCCCAUACAAAGCUAAAGAAAAUUCAAAGCUAACGAGACACAUAAACGCGCUUCAUCUAGACGAACACUAUAUAAAAUGGUGCAGAUGUGAAAAGUGUCCAUUUAAAACUAAAGUGAGGUUGCAUUUGAAAAACCACAUAAUUGCUCGACACUUAAAUGAACAAGAGAUUAAAUGGUUUGAAUGCAACCAGUGUCCAUACAAAGCUAAACAAAAAGUGCACUUGAAAUGUCACACCAACAUUCACCAUUCUGACACACACACUAUAAAGUGGUACGAAUGUAAACAGUGUCCAUAUAAAGCUAAACAAAAGUUUGCUUUACAUAAGCACGUCAACGCGCGACAUUUAAAAGAACAGGAGAUUACGUGGUUUCCGUGCGACAAAUGCCCAUAUAAAGCUAAGGAGAAAGAGAGCUUGAAAAAGCACAUAAGCAACUUGCAUCUAGGGGAGCAAGAUAUUAAAUGGUACAAGUGCAACAAGUGCCCAUAUAAAGCUAAAAACAGUUCUAGGUUGAAAGAGCACACGAAUGCUAAGCAUUUAGACGAACGGAGUACCAUGUGGUACGAGUGCGACAAAUGCCCAUAUAAAGCUAAAAGAAGUGGCCAUUUAAAGCUGCACAUAAUUUCGCAGCAUUUGGACGAAAAGGACAUUAAGUGGUUUCAGUGCGAGCACUGCCAGUACAAAGCUAAAACGAACGGGAAUUUAAAAUUGCACAUAAACUCUCAUCACUUGGAAGGCGAAGAUAUUGUUUGGUAUGAGUGUGCAAAGUGUCCUUUUAAAACUAAGUAUAAAGUAGCUUUAAACAGACACGUCAGUGCUAGACAUUGUGUAGUGUAAAGUUUUAAUAAUAAAAUCGUAUUCAGAGGGU